UAGCUGUGCAGCCGCUCCUAGCCCGGGGGAUCCUGGGAUUCGGCCUUUCCGGAAGGACGGGCUCGGUGUCGUGGCUAGGCCGCCGUUCCAGGCCCAAGCCGGAGUUCCAGGCCCCGCUCUGAGCCAAGCCUGUGGCCGCGGCGACGCGGCGGGGACCGCAGAGGGCGCAGCCGCGGCUCGUUGAGGUGCGGAGCCUGGCGGGCGGCGGCCGCGGAGCGCAGUCCGUGUCGGCCCCUCCCCCGCCCUGAGCGCCGCGGCGGAGGACGACAGCGCGGGCCGGUCGGGGUGAAGCGGUCCUGUAACUGCCUCAGGUGAUGACUCACCCGCCCUCGGGUCAGAUUUGAAGGCCGCGGUGCUCGUCGGUCCUGCUGCGGGGCGGGCGUCGGCGUGCCCGGAGCGGUGCUGCGGCGACCGCUUGCCCUUCGGUUGCCCCGCGUUUCCGCAGAGCGUUCUCUUCUGUAACGUUUGCGGCCUGCGGCUGGCUCGCUGCGAGCGCAGGGCUUUCACAUGAAGGUGUCUCUCGGCAACGGCGAGAUGGGCGUCUCUGCCCACUUGCAGCCUUGCAAGGCAGGAACUACUCGGUUUUUUACCAGCAACACGCACAGUUCUGUCGUGUUGCAAGGCUUUGAUCAGCUCAGAAUAGAAGGGCUGCUUUGUGACGUGACUCUCGUACCUGGAGAUGGAGAUGAAAUCUUCCCGGUUCAUAGAGCCAUGAUGGCGUCCGCUAGUGAUUAUUUCAAGGCCAUGUUCACAGGAGGAAUGAAAGAACAAGAUUUAAUGUGCAUUAAGCUUCAUGGGGUGAACAAGGUUGGUCUGAAGAAAAUCAUUGAUUUUAUUUAUACUGCAAAACUGUCUCUUAAUAUGGACAAUCUUCAGGACACUCUUGAAGCUGCCAGUUUCCUGCAAAUCCUACCGGUUUUGGAUUUUUGUAAAGUAUUUCUUAUAUCAGGCGUUUCUUUAGAUAACUGUGUUGAGGUUGGACGGAUUGCUAACACCUACAAUCUUAUAGAAGUGGAUAAAUACGUCAAUAAUUUCAUCCUGAAGAACUUUACUGCCUUGUUGAGCACUGGGGAGUUUCUAAAGCUCCCCUUUGAACGGCUUGCCUUUGUGCUUUCCAGCAACAGUCUCAAGCACUGUUCUGAACUUGAACUCUUCAAGGCAGCCUGCCGCUGGUUGAGGCUGGAAGACCCUCGGAUGGACUAUGCUGCAAAAUUGAUGAAGAACAUUCGAUUUCCACUGAUGACGCCACAGGACCUCAUCAACUACGUGCAGACAGUAGAUUUCAUGCGAACAGACAAUACCUGUGUGAAUUUACUUUUGGAAGCAAGCAAUUACCAAAUGAUGCCAUAUAUGCAGCCAGUAAUGCAGUCAGACAGAACUGCCAUUCGAUCUGAUUCUACUCAUUUGGUUACCUUGGGAGGAGUUUUGAGGCAGCAGCUAGUUGUCAGUAAAGAAUUACGGAUGUACGACGAAAGGGCUCAGGAAUGGAAAUCGUUAGCCCCCAUGGAUGCUCCUCGAUACCAGCAUGGCAUUGCUGUUAUUGGAAAUUUCCUUUAUGUAGUUGGUGGUCAGAGUAAUUAUGACACAAAAGGAAAAACUGCCGUUGACACAGUUUUCAGAUUUGACCCUCGGUAUAAUAAAUGGAUGCAGGUGGCAUCAUUAAAUGAAAAGCGCACAUUCUUUCACCUGAGUGCCCUCAAAGGACAUUUGUAUGCAGUUGGUGGGCGCAGUGCAGCUGGUGAACUUGCUACAGUAGAAUGUUACAACCCAAGAAUGAAUGAAUGGAGCUAUGUUGCAAAAAUGAGUGAACCCCACUAUGGCCAUGCAGGAACAGUGUAUGGGGGCUUAAUGUAUAUUUCAGGAGGAAUUACGCAUGACACUUUUCAAAAUGAGCUCAUGUGUUUUGACCCGGAUACAGACAAGUGGACACAGAAGGCUCCCAUGACUACAGUCCGAGGGCUGCACUGCAUGUGUACAGUUGGUGACAAGCUGUAUGUCAUUGGUGGCAACCACUUCAGAGGAACAAGUGAUUAUGAUGAUGUUCUAAGCUGUGAAUACUACUCGCCAACUCUUGACCAGUGGACACCAAUUGCUGCUAUGCUAAGGGGUCAGAGUGAUGUUGGAGUUGCUGUCUUUGAAAACAAAAUUUAUGUUGUUGGUGGAUAUUCUUGGAAUAACCGUUGCAUGGUGGAAAUUGUCCAGAAAUACGACCCAGAAAAAGACGAGUGGCAUAAAGUUUUUGAUCUUCCAGAGUCACUUGGUGGCAUUCGGGCUUGUACUCUCACAGUUUUUCCACCUGAAGAAAACCCUGGGUCACCUUCUAGAGAAUCACCUCUUUCAGCACCUUCAGAUCAUUCUUAGAUCCAAGGUGUAAUACUUUUUCAGUGUAUUAUGGGUGAUCUUAUACUUCUUCAGUUGUCUCUUAUUACUACAGUUAAUAGACAAAAAGGUAACUUAGGUUUUCUUGUUUGGCUUAGUAUGUUCAUUAAAUGUCUAACAAGUGCAUUUUGAAAAAUGUAUUAAAUAUAUUCAGUUGUUUAACAAGUAAAAAAGAUACAUAGAAAAAUAGACGUCAGAAAAUUAGAUGUCUUUUGUGGUGUUAUAUAUGUUAAAUUUUAGAUAAUCAUAGUAAAUGUGUAAUUAUGUCUAUUAUGCUACAAAAUUAAAAGUUUUGAUUUGACUGAAACAUUAAAUGGAGGCCCCAUAUUCUAACCUAAAAUAACAAAAAAAAGGUUGCCAAGGUACAGCUACCUCCAUCUUGUAUAGUUUUUGACAAUCUGUUAACUAGGCUAUGUGAGGUUUCUUAGGUAGACAGAAAUAGUAAAAAUACUAACUAGAAGAAACAGUAGGUCAGGAUUUGUUAUCUCAUUGGAGAGAAAAAAAAACUUUAAAAUGUUUGUACACUAAUCAGAUAUACAUGCUCACAGAAAAAUCUGUGUGUACAUAACUUUUAGAGUUGAUAGAAACUUCAACUGUAGUGAAAAUUUUUUUUUCUUCCAGAAAGCAGCUAAUUUUAUUUCAAUGAAAAUUCAAUACCAGAGAGUUAGUGUCUAAAGUCUUAAAUAGAACUUGGAUAGCUACAACUAAUUAAAUUGACAGCCAAAUUUGUCAUUUUUUGGAAUUGUUUCUUUAAAUGAAAUUUAAUUAGUUUUUCUGUAUAUUCUGUAGUUACAUGCUUAUAGAUUAUCUAGCAAGUCAGGUUUCAAAGAAUUGUUUUUUUUUUUUUCAUUAACUUCUGGUGAAAUUUGGGAGUCAGGAAAGGCAAAGAAACAUUCUGAACAAAGCUAUAGGGUUUUACAUUUAUUUUCCUGUCUCAGUCACUCUGACAUGUUUAUUGUGUGAUUUUGAGUGAUUUCCGGUGCUGCUGUAGCUGAUCAGCAUCCUGCCUCAAGACUGAUCUGAGCAGAGAUACACCCCUGUUCUGCAUCAAAUUAGAAAUUUGCCUUUUCUGCCUUGACUCAAGGAUAGGACCAACUUCAGAUCCCCUAAGAAGCCAGCUGGUUUCUUUAAGGCUAUGCUAAAGUAGGCCUUUAGCCUUUAAUACUCUGGGAAUUCUUUCUGGCUGAGAAUUACAUGGGAAAAUUUUAAAGGGACCUAAUCAGACAAAUGGAAUUAUAGUGGUCUCCUUGGUAAUGAGUGAUACUGAGUAUGUACUUUCCUGGAAAAACGUGUGUGUAUGCAUAGUCCUGGAAGUGCCAGAGUGUAAAUCAGGAGCAAUGCCAGUGAUAGUCCCUUAAUGUAAUUCACCAAGGAAAAGAUUUUGGCUUCUGGCACUUGAAAUUUACUGCCCAUACAAGUGUUGAUUCAUUUUAAUGCUGUUUAUGAUUUCUGCAUUGACAUAAAUUUUCAUACUUUCUAUGUUUUUUUAAUGACUCCUUUUUUUAUUCAAACAUAUUUGAGUACUUUUAGAAGUUAAGGCAAAAAUUGCUACUAACUUUGUGUAUUAAAUAGACAAGUGGCAUCCUGAUGUUUUUUCUUUUUUUUUUUUUUUAUAGCAAGAUUGAAUGCUUGUAUAGUUUGAAUGGCUACAUUUUCUCUUUGGUAAAAUGUCCAUAUCUCUUACCUUUUGGAGUUGCUUUGUUUUUCAUAUCAAGUUACAGGAUCUCUUUAUAUAAUAAAAUUAUUAACUCA